AUCAGCCCAUCAUCACACCGUGCGCAGUCAGUCAGCAGAAGGUGGAAGUGUCCGACGCGCUGAUGCUGAUACUGAAGGUGGACUCUCGGGUUUUGCUGCAGCAGCUUCCGACCUUAGCCUAUAACCCAUUCACGAAGUUAAGUGAUUUUGAAUCCAAGAGUUCAAUAUAUAAUGUAAGGUUGUUUUAUUUUCCCAAGCUUUUUCGACGCACGCAAUGGACAUUACGGGCUGAAGAACCGGCAAACAUUAAGAUAUCGAUUGUUUGAUUGAUGCGUCUUUCUGCAAAGUGCUGGGUGGACGCCAGGCUCUGCUGAAAACAGAUAAAGUUUCGUUAAAUAAAGUCAUAUUUAUCGUACAGGAUGGUGGAUGCAGCUGAAUGUUGUGUAAAGGUGAUGUGCCGAUUCAGGCCACUUAACGAAUCGGAAAUCAACAGAGGUGACAAAUACAUACCGAAAUUCAAAGGAGAGGACACCGUCGUUAUUUCGGGCAAGCCAUACAUCUUCGACCGAGUUCUUCCACCAAACACAACGCAGGAACAAGUAUAUGACAACUGUGCAAAACAAAUUGUUAAAGAUGUACUGGACGGCUAUAACGGGACGGUCUUUGCAUAUGGCCAAACUUCAUCAGGAAAAACUCACACUAUGGAGGGAAAGCUGCACAACUCCCAGCAGAUGGGCAUCAUCCCUCGUAUUGCCCAGGACAUCUUUGACCACAUCUACUCUAUGGAUGAAAACUUGGAAUUCCAUAUCAAGGUCUCUUAUUUUGAAAUCUAUAUGGACAAAAUCAGAGAUUUACUUGAUGUUUCCAAAACCAACCUUGCUGUACAUGAGGAUAAGAACCGAGUGCCCUUUGUCAAGGGCUGCACAGAGCGCUUUGUUUCCAAUCCAGACGAUGUCAUGGAUGUGAUUGAUGAGGGAAAAGCCAAUCGUCAUGUGGCUGUCACAAAUAUGAAUGAACACAGCUCCCGCAGUCACAGUAUUUUCCUCAUUAAUAUUAAGCAGGAAAAUGUGGAGACAGAGAAGAAACUGUGUGGGAAGCUCUACCUAGUGGAUCUGGCAGGAAGUGAAAAGGUCAGUAAAACUGGAGCAGAAGGAUCGGUAUUGGAUGAGGCUAAAAAUAUCAAUAAGUCUCUUUCUGCUCUGGGGAACGUCAUCUCGGCUCUGGCUGAGGGAACUAAAACUCACGUACCAUACAGAGACAGUAAAAUGACCAGGAUCCUCCAGGACUCUUUGGGUGGGAACUGCAGAACAACCAUUGUCAUCUGCUGCUCUCCCUCCAUAUUUAAUGAGGCUGAGACCAAAUCCACUCUCAUGUUUGGCCAGAGAGCCAAAACAAUCAAAAACACUGUUUCUGUGAACAUGGAACUGACAGCAGAGGAAUGGAAAAAGAAAUAUGAAAAGGAGAAAGAGAAGACCAGGAAUCUUAAAGUCAUCAUCCAGCGGCUAGAAAAUGAGCUCAAACGAUGGAGAAAAGGUGAAGCUGUACCAGUAAAUGAGCAACUCAACAGCAAAGAAGCGAAGAAUUCUGAAUCCACACCAAUAAUUGAUACUUCAGCCCCACCCCCUGAGCCUCUUUCUGAUUCAGAGAAAACCCAGUAUGAGGAAUUGAUCAAUGACCUGUAUCAGCAGCUAGAUGACAAGGAUGAUGAGAUCAACCAACACAGUCAGCUGGCAGAAAACAUCAAGCAGCAGAUGGUAGAUCAGGAUGAGCUGCUGGCCUCCUCACGCCGUGACUAUGAGAAGAUCCAGGAAGAGCUGAACCGCUUGCAGCGUGCGAAUGAGGCGGCUAAAGAGGAGGUGAAGGAGGUGCUUCAGGCCUUAGAGGAGCUAGCUGUAAACUAUGACCAGAAGAGCCAUGAGGUGGAGGAUAAAGUCAAGACAAACCAACAGCUCUCUGAGGAGCUUCUACAGAAGAGUACAUGUCUGGCUGGUGUGGAGAGAGAUUUGGCUGCCCUACAGGAAGUCAGUGGACAUCACAAAAAACGAUCAGCAGAGAUCCUGAGUUUAUUGCUCCGAGACCUCAAUGAGAUUGGCAGCGUUAUUGCUUUGAAUGACCACAAGAUGGCAGAGGUUAAUGGAGGACUAGAGGAGGAGUUUACCAUGGCACGGCUCUUCAUCAGUAAAAUGAAGUCGGAGGUGAAGUCUUUGGUAAACCGUAGUAAACAGCUGGAGAGCGCACAGUCCGACACACUGCGCAAAAUGCAGGUCAAUGAGAAGGAGCUUGCGUCCUGCCAGCUGCUGAUCUCUCAGCAUCAGGCGAAGAUCAAAUCUCUCACAGACUACAUGCAGAAUAUGGAGCAGAAGAAGAGACAGCUGGAGGAAAGCCAUGAUUCGGUGGUGGAGGAACUGGCUAAACUCCAAGCCAAGGAGACAAUGCAUGAGGUGUCUGUUCUGGAUAAGGAGAAGGAACACAUGACGAGGAUGCAGGAUGCUGAGGAGAUGAAGAAAACGCUGGAGCAGCAGAUGGAAAGCCACAGAGAGGCUCAUCAAAAGCAACUCUCUCGUCUUAGAGAUGAGCUUGAGGAGAAACGGAGGAGCUUGGAUGAACUGAAAGAUGUGAAUCAGGCACUUCAGCUAGAACAGAAGCAGCUCAUCUGUGACUAUAAGAAGCUCAAGCAGGAGGAACAGAAGAAAGACGAGAGACUACAAAAGCUUAUUCUGUUGAAUGAGAAGAAAGAUCAAGCCAAGGAGGACCUCAAGGGUCUAGAGGACACUGUGACCAAAGAGCUUGAGACUCUACUUAAUCUGCGCAAGCUGUUCAUCCAAGACAUCAACGAUCGCAUGGGGCGAAGUGUGGAAAUGGACACAGAUGAAUCAGGUGGGAGUCUGGCACAAAAGCAAAAAAUCAUAUUCCUGGAGAACAACCUGGAGCAGCUCACUAAAGUCCACAAACAGCUGGUACGUGAUAAUGCAGACCUGAGGUGCGAGCUGCCUAAACUGGAGAAACGUCUGCGUGCAACAGCUGAGCGUGUGAAGAUUUUGGAGUCUGCUUUGAGAGAAGCCAAAGAAAGUGCCAUGAGAGACCGUAAGCGCUACCAGCAGGAGGUGGACCGCAUCAAGGAGGUCAUCCAGGCCAAGAACCAGGCCAGGAGGAACCACAUCGCACAGAUCGCUAAGCCUAUUCGUGCUGGUCAUCAUCAUCACCCUGUGGCUUCAGCCUCACCGGGUCACUCUAUCCGAGGAGGCGGCGUCCAGAGCCCACGGCGACACCACCAGCACCAACAGCCUCAACAGCAUCAGCAGUACCAUCACAGGACCAAGUAAAACAGAGCAUGGGACAAAACAUUACACGGUCCAAUCUCUACAGCAUUUGGAGAUUCUUUCCCUUACAACCAUGUGUGGCAACAAGUAGGCGUCUUUUUCCACUGCAGUCCUUUCUAUUCAAAGAAGAAAAGAGAACUGUUACCAUCCUAAAUUGGGACUAAGUUAACCUCCUGUCCUUACCAUGAGCCCCACACAGUUAUCCCGAUUCUGAUUCGGAUCCUUCAUUUAAUUAAUCUGGCCUGGAUGAAGAUCUGAGUUCUGUGGACUCAUCAUUGGAUAAAAAUGCAUAAAAUGGGAUAUUGUCUUAGACAGAAGUAUUGUUAUGAAUUUUUUUUUCUCUCUGAGCUGCUGAAUUCAAAAAAGGUUUUAGUGUUGAUAUCACAUACUGACUACAGGAAUUCAGUGUAAUCAGUUAUUAUAUAAACCUCCAGUAGGAACAUUAGGGCCUUUCUGCGGUACUUCUAUUGGCACCUGGUAUUUUGCCGUAGCCAAAAAGAACAUACAGUGACAAUAAUGUGUUUUAAUGAUUUAUAAGCUUUUAAUGAGUAAUUAUAUUGUCACUGGAUUUUCUUUUAGAUAUUUUUUAUUUUUGUGCAUUAAGCAUUUGAAUUAAUUUAUGUAUAUCUAUUUUUUUUCAAAUGUUUUUCUCUCUUUUGUAUUUUUUUAUUUAAAUGUAAGUUAAGCUUCUCACCAGGGCAUUGUGUUUACAUGUUUUUUAUACAGAUAUGGGUGCUGAAAUUGUUUUUUACUGUAAUUUAUACUUUUGUCUACUCUGGAUCAAACAUCAGCAGUAAAAUAUCAGUAGGCCUAGUAAUGCAUCGAUGAUAAAAUCAUGUUACAUAAAGUUGACUCUCUGAAAUGGCAUGAGAUGCAAUCAUUUAAGCUUUACAUGCAGUAUAAACAGAUCAAAUAAAUCAGAGAUAGGCCUAUUGUAACCAAUGUUUCCGAGAUGUUUUACUGCUGAUUCUGUUUUUUUAAUGUUUAUGUGUUGAAUUUAAUGGUGCACGUCUUUAUGUACUUUUGUAUAAUUAUUUAUUAUUUGAGCAUUUUUUAUGUUGAUAUUGUAGUAUAUUGUAAAUUAUAAACAAUUCUCUAAACCUCUACAGGUAGAGAUAUCACAGACAUCAGGAAAACAUCCCAUAGUAAUUUACAAACUUUUGAUAAUACAACCAAAAUGGUUGUCAAAACCCUGAUGGUUGUCUGGUAUUGUCACAGAUAAGCUACAGUACUGUAUGAGUGUUCAGUGUUAUUUCUUAUCAGUUCUAACAAUGUGACAUCAGUACAUGAAAAUGUUACUGUGGUAAAAAAUAUACUGUAAAGACUGGCUAAAUACAUUAUAAGCGCUUUAUAUUACAAAUUGUCUUGCGAUGUCCAAAAUACAUCCAAUGGUAAUUGUUUUAAUGGAUUAGUCUAUUUUCUUUAAAAAAAUCCAAAUAAUUUACUCACCAUGUCAUCGAAAAUGUUGAUGUCUUUCUUUGUUUAGUCGAGAAGAAACUAUGUUUUUUGAGGAAAACCAUCCAGGAUUUUUCUAAUUUUAAUGGACUUUAAUGGACCCCAAUACUUAACAGUUUUAAUGCAGUUUAAAAUUGCUGUUUCAACGCAGGUUCAAAGGACUCUAAACGAUCCCAAACAAGGCAUAAGGGUCUUAUCUAGCGAAACGAUGUCAUUUUUGGCAAGAAAAAUAAAAAUAUGCACUUUUAAUCCACAAUUUCUCAUCUUCCUCCGGAUGUGUGACGAGCCAACGCGCCCUCACGUAAUUGCGUAAUGACGUUGAAAGGUCACGUGUUACAUAUAUAAAACACACAUUUGCGGACCAUUUUAAACAAUAAACUGACACAAAGACAUUAAUUAGUAUCAUUCCACAUACAACAACGUCGGAACGAUCCUCUUUCUCCACACUUGUAAACACUGGAGCGUAGUUUCGGUACAUCUGUGACCUCUUGACAUAUUAUGUGAGAUUGCGAAUGACAGGACCGGAGGAAGAAGUUGUGGAUUAAAAGUGCAUUUUUUUUCUUGCCAAAAAUGAGUCCUUUGAAACUCAGUUG